AUGGGAGAGGCAGUUUUUGUUCUUGGGAUUCAGAUCACAAGGGAUCGAAGCAAAGGGCUACUUGGUUUACCACAAAAAGCAUAUAUUGAAAAAGUACUUAAAAGGUUCAAUAUGAAAAACUCAAAUGGUUAUGAUGUUCCAAUGACAAAGGAAGAGAAGCUCAGGAUAUGUUCUGCCUCCAAAGCACUCCUGAAUUAUGAAGAGCCUGUCCACGUUCCUGCUGUUGGCUAUGGUGCAGGCCAUGGCACUGGUGUCGGUGGUGGAUCAGGGUAUGGAGGUGCCAGUUAUGGAGGUUAUGGUGGCAGUGGAGGUGCAGGAAGUGGUGGUAGGUAUGGAGUUGUAGGAGAGCAUGGUGUUGCUGGAGAAGACGGUGGUGUUGCCAAUGGAGGUGCUAGUGGACAUAUUAGUAGCGGUGGUGAUGAAGGUGGAGGCGUUGGUGGUGGUAGUGCGUAUGGUGCUGGGGGUGCUGAAGGAUAUGGUAGUGGGGGUGGUGAAAGAGUUGGGGCUAGCUAUGGUGGCAGUGGAGAACAUGGAGAUACUGGUGGUGGUGGUGGAGGAAGUGGUGGUGGCGGAGGGUCUGGAUAUGCUGGAGAGCAUGGGAGUGGUUAUUGA